UAAGGGCGAGGGUCCCACACCGUUUCUGUCACAACCCUCAAGGUCCACAUACAGUCAACAUCAUUCUGCUUCUGUAACUGUGUUUGUGUGUGUGUGCGCUUGAGUGCACUUCAUGGCUCUGAGAUUGGUACUCUGGGUGGCCCUAGCGGCCUUGGCCUCUGUAGAGGCCAAACCUCGCUACAUAGCCAUCCCUCUACAGGACAUCAGGCUGGUGAGGCACGCCAGAUCUGUUCCUUCUGACGAUGCUCCUUCUUCAGUUCCUUAUUUAGCUGCACUUCCUGUAGCAAGUAACGUGAGGCAAGGGCGCUACGACCCCGCUCCUUACGAGCAACCUAGCCACCUGUUCCUGCAGCGGGACCAGAGACAAAAGAGAGAGGGAGAGAGAGCAUCGGCCUAUCUCGCGCGCCAUCUUCAGGAGGGGCGAUCUGACCAGCAGAGGACGCCCGUGUAUUCACGCCUUCAGGAGAGGGCGGGACAGGCUAGCCAGCAGAGGACGCCCGUUUACGGCUUCCUGCAGGAGGGCCAAGCCAGCGAGAGAGUGCCAAUCUACGCCCAACCGCAGGCUGCCUACGCAGAGGGCGCCGACGAAGACGUCCUUCUACCCGACGGCUCCGACAGGUACGAGAGGCAGGCGGGGCACCACGGAGGAGGGUACGGUGGGGGUAACGAUCACGUGGACUACGGCGCCUACACGGGCGGCUAUGGCGCCUUCGGGUGGUACUCCGACCACCCAGUCUGCAUUAACUGCGGAUAUCACCGCAGGCGCUGAAGAAAGAAUAUAUAUAUAUAUAAGUUGAUGCCCUUGACUGAUCUUUAAAAUGCCUUUUGCCCUGGGCAGUUGGGGAAGCGUUAUUCGAAGAGUUAGACUUACCCGAAAAAGUCCAAAAAGUAUUGACCCCAAAAAUAGGACCCACCCUAAAAAAAAGUCCCAAAAACUAGACCCACCCAAACGUAGUAUUUACAGUACCCCUUUUUUUUUCAUAAGAGCAAUACCUCCCCUAGACCCACGUCAAUGUUUUCAUAUUUAUUAAUUUCCCCAACGUCAUAAUUCCCCAAAUUCCA